GUUUUUGUGAAUUGUACAACACCAACACAGAUUGAGAGGUUUUCUGCUUUAACAAUUUGUAACUCCGCUGGUUGUGCGAGUUUUCUGUUAAUUAGUGCGGCUAACAAAGGUUUACUAGCUGCAGUGCUAGCUUAAUCGUGUAGACGGCCCAGAGUCCGCGAUUAAAACUAGAUAACAAGCCGAAAAGCAAGCGCUCUGCAAGCAACGCCCAAUUUGCAAUAAGCCAAAUAUCGGCGACCUACGUGUGUGGUAAAGAUAUAUAGUAACGCAGCAUUUAGUUAAGCAUUCGCAAUGGCUGAGACGUACACUUUCGGUACCACGUUGGCUUCUAUAACGUGCCACGCCUGGAAUAAGGAUCGCACACAAAUCGCGAUAUCGCCCAACAACCAUGAGAUUCAUAUCUACAGCCGUGACGGCAAUGACUGGAAACUGGCCGAUGUUCUUAACCAGCACGAUUUACGUGUGAUGGGUAUUGACUGGGCCAAAAAUACGAAUCGCAUUGUAAGCUGUGCGGCGGAUCGUAAUGCUUAUGUUUGGACGCAGGGCGACGAUAGCAAGUGGAAGCCAACGUUGGUGCUACUACGCAUUAAUCGUGCUGCUACUUGCGUCAAAUGGUCGCCGGCGGAGAACAAAUUCGCCGUGGGUUCAGGUGCACGCCUUAUAUCCGUCUGCUACUUUGAGUCUGAGAACGAUUGGUGGGUGUCGAAGCAUAUUAAAAAGCCCAUACGCUCAACUGUCACAUCGCUGGACUGGCAUCCCAACAAUGUGCUGCUGGUUGCCGGCUCGACGGAUUAUAAGGUGCGGGUCUUUUCGGCCUUCAUCAAGGACAUUGAGGAGCCGCCAUCACCCACGCCUUGGGGCAAUCGUAAGCCGCUUGGUCAGCUUAUGGCUGAGUUUAGGAAUUCGGCCAACUCUGGCGGCGGCUGGAUUAACAAUGUUAGCUUCUCCAGCGACGGCAACAAGGUCUGCUGGGUGGGCCACGACAGCUGUGUGAGCAUUGCCGAUGCCACGAAUGGCAAUACUGUCAUACGCUGCCGCACCGGUUACUUGCCUUUCCUCUCCUGCGAGUGGGUCUCGCCUACGUCUGUUGUGGUUGCCGGCUAUAGCUGUGUGCCUCUGGUUUACAGCCUGACGUCAGACAAUAAACUGGAGCAGAGCGGCAAACUGGACAAGUCACAGAAGCGCGAGGCCAGCGGCAUUACAGCCAUGCGUAUCUUCCAGUCAAUGGACCGUAAUAUGCGUACAGAGAACACGGAUACCGUGGUGGACUCUAUACAUCAGAAUGCCAUCACUAGCGUGCGUUUGUAUGCUGGGGAUAAGGACAAGGCCACAAAGGUGUCCACCUCGGGCGUGGAUGGCCAACUAGUCAUCUGGAAUGUAGAGCAGGGCGGCAUCAAUGGAGGCAUGCGUAAUCUGCAGAUCUAAGUUUGCCUAUAACGCACUUUGUUUUUAUGUUUUGUCUGUGUCGGAGCCUGCAUUGGAUUUUUGUUUUGAACAAACUGAAGACUGCAGGCCUUUAUGCAUAUAUAUAUAUAGUAUUGCCAAAACUGUUUUCGAAAUGAACGCGCUUUUUUCUUUAA